AUGGCGCAGUCGGGCUCAAUAUUGGAUGCAUUAGGGCAAAGUAUUCUGGACUCGGCAAGCUCCAUAGAUGCCCACAUAGACGCCGGUGCUCUGGUCGACCGAAUCUCAGGAGACUGCAGCACGGCAAGCGGCCAUCGAGCGCGACAAUUCGCUCUGGCCGAGUUCAAGGCUCUGGCGAAGCGCGCCCCAGGAGCCGUCGUCGCCACUGAAGGCGCCGUGGUUGCCAUCCUGCGCGUGGUUGAGAAGAUCUCCCCGCCUCAGGAUGAAGAGCUUGCCGACGAGAAUGUGGAAUCAAUGCAGGAUGCCUUGGAGUGCUUGAGUUCCUUGAUGAGCACCGGCUCCUCAAAGAGCUCCGGCUCCAAGGCUGAGAAGGUCGAAGAGAAGGAUCGAGCCGACGAGCAGCGAGGACAACUGGUCGCGGAGCUUGUCGUGAAGCACACGGAGAACGUCAAGCAACUCCUGCGUUUGCUUUGUGUCAGCGAGACUUCCACACAAUAUGAUGCGAUGAUCCUGCUUCAGAAAAUCUACAUCCGUUUGCCUGAGCCCGUCAAUGCUGCGAUCUUGGCGGACCCGAGGUCCCUCGGCCACUUGAUGCACGUGCUGCAGACAUCACCCAUUGACUAUGUGCGCAACGAAUGCCUUAGUUUGCUACUUCUGCUGACGGCAGCCAAUGCCGACAUUCAGACUAUUGUUACCGUGCAGGGUUUCAUCGAAACUGUUUUCUCCAUCCUGGAAGACGAAGAUCUCACUUUGGGUGGCAAAGUUGCGCGAGAUCUGCUGCAGUGCCUGAUGAACAUCGUCGGGAAUUCAACCUGUCAGAAGUACUUGCGCGAAACGGAUGGGGCGGCGUCGCUCGUGUCCGCGAUAUCCUUAGCAGUCACGGGAAAACCAAGUGAGGAGGAGGACGAAGAAGACGAAAGGCCAGAAAUCCCUGGCGAGUCUCGCUGGGCUUGCUUGUCUCUUCUGGUGGAUGCGGCGUUGUCGCUGGCCAGUCCUCACGAUGCUGCGGAGGCCGAAGCUGAGGCCAACCGUCUCGCCUUGGUCAAGGCGGGUGCGCUGGACCUCUGUCGCCACCUCUCCGACCCGCAGCUGGCAGAGGUUGCGCAGCUCACGCUCGUGCGGCUCUUCGAGUCACUUGAGAAGUGCCCACAGGCUGCCGAUCGCCUGCAAAGAUUCGGGCGAGGCAAGCAAGACUCCAGCAGACCGCUGCUCUUUGAUCUGGCGGCAGUGCUGCUGGGUCCCGUCACACGGCUAAGCCUUCGAAACGCGCUUGGACGGGUACUUUGCCGCUGUGUCGCCAGACAUGCCUCGCUGCAGUCCUUUCUGUGCUCUUCACUGAGUCCAGAGCUCCAAGCAGAUUCUCCUGAGGUGAGGCCGGCGGGACGUCUCCUUGUGGACGUGCUGGAGGCUGCCUGCCUUUCUGGAGGAGGUGGUUCUGCUUCAGUGGAGGUGAGCUGGUUUGCGCUGAGCUUGCUGCUCGCCAUGAUGCGUGGGAACACAAGUGUGCAGAGCGCCUGCACCACCAUGCCGGUCUUGAUCCCGAGCGACGCUGGCCCGGCCAAAACAUUCCAAGAGCUCUUGUUCGCAGCUUUCUCAGCUACAGUCAGGAAGAGCAUGGCAUCUCAUGAUCAAGAGGCGGAAGACUUGAUGAGUCCUUCGCAGGAAGUAAGUACCCUCCUGGCGUUUCUGAAGCUUCUCUUAUACUGGCUGGCAACCUGCCCGUCAGUGCUGGGGAGCUUCGCAACCUCGCCUGUCAUGAUACCCCUGGCCAUCGAUCUCACUUGCUUGGAUGGCCGAUGUGGUCCGGUCUGCGGCACUCAGAUUGAAGGUAUCGCUUGUUUGGUCAUGGGCGCCUGCAUCAAAGCGGAGCACACCGAGGCUGAUGUGACAGCACUGAUGUCCCUCAUUGCUCGACGUGUAGGCAUCGAGGCCUAUCAGCACAAGGUGGAGUCACUUUGGAGGUCAGAGGCACUGCAGCGCCCACCGAGGGGCCUGGCUGACUUCCGCUGCUAUAAUGGCCACUACCGAAUCUUUGUGCGAGAGCAGCAGCGCGCUGUGCAGCGUCGCAUGGUGCAGCUUUAUGUUGCAGAAGGUUCUGGUGGGGGUGGUCUCAGCGAAGAUGUCGCUGAACACUACAAGCAGUUGAUCCGAGUCCAGGACGCAGACCUGCGAGAGGUCCGCCAUGAAAACGAACAGCUCCGUUCGGAGGUUGAAGCCUUCAUGAACCGCACCUUGAAAGCAAGUUCUGCGGCCCUGGCAGACAAGGCGGAUGCCUUGGAAAUGGAGAACAAGGCAUUGCAUUUGGAAGUGAAUGAGCUGCAGCAAGAGCUGGACCAGCGUGUGGGUCGACUUGAACAGGAGCGUCAGAAGCUUCGAGUGGCAGUUUCCGAGCUGGAGCUGCAACUCCAGUCCAUGGCCGUGAGCUACGGGCAGGUCGAGCAAAAUAACGCCGAGUUGCGCGCAGCGCUCGCUGCACAGAAGCCAUUCUUCAUGACGAUGACAGUGGAGUUUGCCGACGUUGCCACCUCCGAGAAGCUCGCGCCUCCACAGGCCAGCAACAAGGACCGAGCUCGCUAUGAAUUGCAGUUCUACAAGACUCGCCAGUGCUCGUUCUUCGAGAAGGGCAAGUGCAAUCGGGGCAGCAACUGCAAGUACGCGCACGGCACGUCUGAGCUGCAAGCACGUCCCGAUCUCUCGUUCACAUCGCUUUGCCGCAAGUUCGCAACCACCGGUGUCUGCGACGAUCCUGCAUGCUCCUUUGCUCACAACCCGGAGCAGCUCCGUGCGACCAAGAAGUUCUUCAAGACAUCGCAGUGCAAGUUCCACCUGAACGGGCGUUGCCGACUGGGUGAGGAGUGCCGUCACGCCCAUGGUGAUCACGAGCUUCUACAAGCUCCACAGCCUCCCCAGACUCCCAAGGUCGCAAUCGCUGCACCCCCAGGGCUCUCCGAGCCAGACGUGGACGCCCAACCAGGCUUCAACGACUUGAGCAGCAGCUAUGCCGCUUCUCUCUUGUUGAAUGCUGCAGCUGCAGGUGGGAACUUCGGACAAAGUGGUUAUGCUGCCACUGCGACAGGACGUCAAGGCAAUUGGCCGAUUUCGCCCCUGGCGCAGAAGGAAAUGACUCUGCAGGCUAACCGCGAGCCUGCCUUCAUUUCGCUCAGCCCUCUGAUGCGACAGGAUGCAGCAGCCCAGAUCAAUCCCUUCUUCUCAGGAUCAGUUGAAUCGGUCGCCAAGAGCCUGGCCGUCCUUGGCCAGCCCUUCUGCGCGGCAUCGACAGCUGACAGCUUGCCCGCUUUUCAAGGACGAGUUCCUUCAUGGACAACAAUCAACUACUCGAGUGCCAGCAGCAGCUCUAGCUUCGAGGACUCGGAUUUGGCCCAUUUGGACCAGGAUGCCACGCCUACUCACUUCGUAUGA